GUGGCAUCGUGUACGGCGGUGUCGUCUGUCGUCACGGUAUAUUUUUACACAAUUUCUCCAUCCGUACAUGUUCCCAGCGCACGACGUCUUUCCACUCAGUGGCGUAGCCAUGCCGUCCAGCUUUGGGCCCAGCAGCCCUGCUACUACGCCUGCUGAGGCGCUGGAGAACUCUCGUCGGAUCAUUGACCGACACCUCCAGGAGGACCGCUGUUUUCCUGAUUUGUCCACGCCUGCUGAGGCGCUGGAGAACGCUGGUCGGAUCAUUGACCGACACCUCCAGGAGGACCGCUGUUUUCCUGAUUUGUCAGAGCUGCUCAGUGUCCCAUCUCACAACAUGCCGUCUCUUUCUGGAGUGUCAGACAUGGACUACCCCCUUCAAGGACCAGGUUUCCUGUGUGUGCCAAAUCUCCCAGAGCUCAGUGCAUUCCAUCGAGUUCCUCUACCAUCUGAACUGGUAGAGCAGUUCACUCAUAUGCAGUCUAAUUGCAUGAUGGGAGUAUUUCCUGAGAUAAAUCGAGCAUGGCUUACUGUUGACAAUAGUAUCUUCAUGUGGAAUUAUGAAGAUGGAGGUGAUGUUGUAUAUUUUGAGGGUGCCAUUGAAACCAUCUUGUCAAUUGGUCUGGUGAAACCAAAACCAGGGAUUUUACAGCCCGAUAUCUGCUACCUCUUAGUAGUGGCAACUUUUCUGGAAGUAUUGAUCCUUGGGCUCAAGUUCCCAAGAGGCCAGACUGGUUUAAAUGACAGCAUGCCUGGUGGGAUUCAGCUGCUGCCAGACCCUCUUUACUCGCUUCCCACAGACAGCACCUACAUCAUGGCCAUCACCUCUACAGACCUGGGUCGCAUCUUUAUGGCAGGCAAUGAUGGCUGCUUGUAUGAGAUUGCUUACCAGGCUGAGGCAGGCUGGUUUACCCAGCGUUGCAAAAAGAUCAACCACUCCAAAAGUAGCCUUUCCUUCCUCGUCCCCGCUGUCGUACAGUUCUCCUUCUCCUCCUUCUAUGAAGAUGAUCCCAUUGUGCAGAUUGCCAUUGACAACUCCCGUAAUGUACUCUACACACGCUCAAAAAAAGGAGUCCUUCAGGUGUAUGACCUGGGUGCAGAUGGACAAGGUAUGAGUCGCGUGGCAACUAUGUCUCAGAACUCCAUUGUGGCAACUGCUGGAAACAUUGCCAGGACAAUUGAUCGUUCUGUCUUCAAACCCAUUGUCCAGAUUUCUGUGAUUGACAGAUCAGAGUCCUCAGACUGCCACCUGCUGGCCAUCACCGAUGCAGGUGUACGUCUCUACUUCAGCACCACACCCUUUGCCCCACCACAUCAAAAACAUGUUGGUGCUCGACCAAGCCUGCUAGCCUUGGUCCAUGUCCGUCUUCCACCAGGGUUUUCCGCCUCUUCUACCUCACAAAAGCCUUCAAAGGUCCAUAAGGCUUUACACAGCAAAGGGGUUUCGCUGAUGGCUGCUUCUGAUACCGGGGACAGUGACAUCCUGUGGUGCAUCAACCAUGAUUCCUUUCCCUUCAAAAAACCUCUGAUGGAAGCUCAAAUGACGUCCAAUAUAGAUGGUUACUCCUGGGCCCUUUGUGCCAUUAAUGAGGAGAGGAAAACCAAUAUCUCUACUCCCCUAAACAAGGACCAGGUCCCUCUCACUGAUCCUCCUGUGGUGGUCCAACAACACAAUGUUGCUCGACAGAAGUUUGUCCUUCUAACUUCAAAGGGAAGUCACAUCAUUGAGAAGCUGCGGCCAGUGGACCAACUUCGCCACCUUCUUGUCAGCUGUGCUGGAGGAGAAAGUGAAGAUAUAGAACGUUUUUUCAAGAUGCAUAGGGAGGAGCAAGCAUGUGCCACCGCUCUGAUCUUGGCUUGUUCCAGUGCUGCUUGUGACAGAGAGGUUUCACUGUGGGCCGCCAGAGCCUUCUUCAGGUAUGGAGGAGAAGCACAGAUGAAGAUCCCUGCAACUAUCACAUCUCUUAGUGACAUUGGACCCAUGUUUAGCUCUCCGAUGGAAGGUCAUGCAGCCCCAUUUCUCUCCACAUCCUUUGUGCAUUCUCCGUCUGUCAUUGACCCCAUCACUGCUAUGUCAGCUGGACCAGAAGUAAUCUUCUCAGGAAAACACAAUGGCAUCAGCAUCUAUUUUGCUCGUAUUCUAGGAAAUGUUUGGGAUGGAAACCUUGCCAUUGAGAAGACCUUGAGCAAAGAAAAUCAAACCAUUACUAUUCUGGAGAGCGUUAUGAGCUCAACUGAUAUACAAUUGAUCCUUAUGGAGCUAUGCGGUUUGAGGGAUUUCCUUGAUAAAAAUUCUCAGUUCAGCCCCUCAUCUUUGGGUGUUGCCAGCUCUCCUGCCAACUUACACCAGAGGCCGCUGGGCUUUAUGCGGCCUGAUGGUGCCAGCUCCCAGCAGGUCCAGCAGGAACUUAUGAGGAAAUAUCAUAUGGAGGCUCAGGUCUGUGAGAAGAUGUCCCUGCAGGCACUCCAGCAGUUAGUUUAUCGCUCCUGUCAGACAUUGGCCCUCUGGAAACUCCUCUGUGACCAUCAGUUCAGCCUCAUUAUGUCAGAACUGCCAAAGGAGUUCCAGGAGCAGAUGAAGGGCGUGAGUUUUAAAGAUGUACUGAUCCGGGGCAAGGAGCUAACUGGAGCUCUCGUCACAGCGCUCAUCAAUGUUUACAUCAAGGACAAUGCCUCCGUAGAUGCCAUCAGCAAUCAUCUCCGGGAUAUCUGCCCACAGCUAUACAGCAGUGAUGACAGCGUCUGCUCCAAAGCUAAUGAGUUGCUCCAGAGCUCCAGGCAGAUGCAGAACAAGGCAGAUAAAGAAAGAACCCUUAGAGAGUCACUACGUCUCUACCAGCAAAUUAGCCACAGCACAGAUCUGCCUCUAGUGUGCUCCCAGUACAGACAUGCCCGUUUCUAUGAGGGUGUCCUGGAGCUGUGCCUCACAGCUGCAGACAAGAAGGAUCCUCAGAUGCUGGGGCCUCACUUCUACAAAAACAGAGAGCCAGAGGAGGACAGGGCUGGACAACUGGCCUUUCAGGAAAGAUUAUCCUGUUAUAAGUGCAUCACAGACACAAUGCAGGAAUUGGUAAACCAGAGCAAUGCUGCCCCCCAGUCCCCCAGUGUCCCUAAGCAUCCUGGGCCUCCAGUCAUUACCUCAGAUCCUAAUAUGCUCAGUAAUGAAGAUGCCACUGCCCAUUUUGAGCAGAUGCUUGGCCUGGCUCAGAGGUCUCAGGAUGAGCUGUUUCACAUAGCCCUCUUCAACUGGCUGAUUCAAGCAGAUCUCACUGACAAGCUACUGCAGGUGAAUUCCCCAUACCUGGAAGAACACUUGAUGCACAUGAUAAAAAAGGACCAGAAUAAGGUGCGCAACAUGGACCUGUUAUGGCGCUACUAUGAAAAGAGCUGCAACUUUGGGAAGGCGGCUCAUGUACUGGCACGGCUUGCUGAAAUGCGCAGCACUGAGAUCUCCUUGAAACAGCGUUUGGGAUACAUUUCAAGGGCUAUCCUGUCUGCCAAGAGUUCCUUCAGCAUCUCUGGCCAGGGAACUCACGGGGAAUUCCUCCAUGAGCUGGGGGAAAAGAUGGAGGUGGCACGUAUCCAAAUACAGAUCCAGGAGACCCUAAUUGAACGGUACCCCUUUCAUUCCUCAGUGAUGAAUGCUGUUUCUCAGUUGGACUCAGAACUUAUGGAUAUUACCAAGCUCUAUGGAGACUUUGCUUGUGGUUUCAAUUUGUCGGAAUGCAAGCUAGCCAUCAUUCACUGUGCUGGACACUCGGACCCAGUUCUAGUUCGUGGACUGUGGCAGGAGAUCAUGGAGAAAGAGCUGGGUGAUAAGGUAGCCAUGAGCCCAGCAGACAGAAUGAGGGCUCUCAGUUUAAAACUGGUGUCAUUGGGUAAAAUCUACAUUGGAACCCCAAGAUACUUUCCUUUAGAGUUCCUGGUUACAUUUUUGGAAAAGGAGGUAUGCCGACUGGAUUUGGAUCCUGGCUUUGUCACCCACACCAUGCAGGAGAUAGGAGUGCAAUUGCCUCGUCUUUUGGAGGUCUAUGACCAGCUCUUCAAAGCACGGGAUCCCUUUUGGCAGCGUCAUAAAAAGCCUCGUCACUUGGUAGAGUGCAUCCAUGUGCUUCUGUCGGGAUAUGUGAAUGACCCCAGUAGAGUACCAACCUAUGACAGACGGCGAUUUACAAAUGUUUGCCUUGACAACAUUUGCGGUUACCUGGUGGAUCUGCAGUCCCUGAGCCCAGACUCUGCCUUACAACAAACUAUCAGCAACUUUAAGGCCCUUCAAGCUAAGCUGGAGAAAAUUCACUGAGGUCACGAAGAAUCAUCGUAAGAGCACAUAGGCGGCAGUUGGAGCCUACAAGCACUGUUGGCGAUGUAGAUGGAUUAACGUCACUAUAGCAUGACAUAAAGGUCUGUUUCCCAUACAUGUGUUCGUUUGAUUUCCUUUGCGCUUAUCUGCCUAUUGUUUUAUACUUGUUUUUAAUAGAUACUUGAUCAUUAAAGUGAGUUCAGUUCAGCCUUUGAUGGAGACAUCAAAUUUUAACUUUAACCAGUCUGCUGUUUUUUUAAUUUUUUUUUUAAAGUAGUUAUUUUAAUGUGUGUAUUUGUGCUACAUUUAAAAGCUAAGUUGACAUACAUAUUUGAAAAGGAAGCUGCUUUUGGCCACCAUUUUUAUUGGUUUUACAUAACAGCUGAUUGACUUAAAGUGAAAGUAUUUAAUAACAUCGGUGAAAGUCUGCUCACUGUUGACUUCCAGGUAAAGGCUUUUAAUGUAAAUUUAAUACACACUUAUUGCAGAUUAAUUGCCCCAAGAUGUUCAGGUUUGAAUUUACUUGGGACCCACUGAUUUUGAUAAGUGAAGCGCCCCUCUUAACAGCAGUCAGAUAAGUGUUGAGUUGUAAUAAAAAUUUGCACAUAUGGCACUCAACUGCUAAUGACUGGCGACACCUGGCAGGGGUGUAUUUUUUAAAACUUCUUUGUAAAACUUGACAGUUGUGUUUUUCUUGUAAGCGAGUGAGUUUUAUUGUUCGCGUGUCUUUUAAUACUUUUUCAUCUACAACAUUUUUUUUUGGCAUUCCCCCCCAAUUGUACUUGGCCAAUUAAUUACCCUAUUUUCCAAGCCGUCUUGGUCGCUGCUCCAACUCCUCUGCUGAUCUGGGGAGGGCUGCAGACUACCACAUGCCUCCUCCGAUACAUGUGGAGUCACCAACCGCUUUUCACCUGACAAUGAGGAGUUUCGCCAGGGGGACGUAGCACAUGGGAGGAUCACGCUAUUCCCCCCAGUUCCUCCUCCCCCCUGAACAGGCUCCCUGACCGACCAGAGGAGGCGCUAGUGCAGUGACCAGGACACAUACCCACAUUCAGCUUCCACAUUCAGCUUCCCACCCACAGACACGGCCAAUUGUGUCUGUAGGGACGCUCGACCAGCCCGGGGGUACCACGGGGAUUUGAACCGGCGAUCCCUGUGUUGGUAGGCAACAGAAUAGACUGCUACACUACCCGGACGCCGUUAUCUACAAAUAUUUUUGCUUUGAUAUACUUGUGUGUAUAUAUUAUGUCCACAAUGGCCUCUUCAGCCAAAGCUUUAUUAUGUUGCGUCUAACUUCGGUGUUCCUCACCAUUUGCAGUGAAUACAUCUUAUUCAUUAUAUAUUCAUUUCUAAGAUGUGGAUGAGUGCUUUGUGGUUAGAUUUUUUUAAUCUGAAUUGCUAUAUUGAUAAUUUGAUAUUUUUAAAUUUGAUAUUGAUAAUUUUUGAUCAAAUAAAA